UGUACUCUCGUUGUUUACAUGCUCCUCUUUGUUCGGUGGAAGUUCCGCUAAAAAUGUCCAAAAAACGGUCGAAGAGCAUCGAAAACCGGAGCCUGCGGGACAACCGGAGCCUGCGGGCUGCGAUCCACGAGCAUCUGUCUGCGGCCGCGGAGGAGAUCUUCUGUCUGCUGAAGGAGCGACAGGCGGACGUGGAGCUGAAGCAACGCGUCACGGAGCGGAUCACCGCGGCCGUGGAGCUCAUCUUCACCGCGUUAGGAGCCUCUACAGCGGCCGAGAGACAACCGGAGGAGCCCGCCGACAGAGAGUUUCAUCUCUCUGAUGGACAUCUUAAGCAGGACGACCUAGACCAACUGCAGGACCCUCUGCCCAGCACUUCCUCCAGACCAGACAGUGUUUCUGAACCAGACCGCCAACCGGACUCUCCGGACUAUCUGGCCGGCAAGGAGGAAGAGGACGAGAGUGACGAAGAGGCGCCCCCUCACUGCUGCAGAGUGUGCGGGAAGUCAUUCAACAGAAAAGGCUUUUUGAUGAAACACGUGGAGAAACACUUGAAGGAGGCGGAGUGUGUUUGCGGUCUGUGUGGGGAGCGUUCGGAGUCCACCGACGGUCUGAGGCUGCACCUCCAAACGCACCGCGACAGCAGCAGGACCUGCCACUUCUGCAGCAAGAAGUUCCCCUCCAUCCGCGCACAGGAGACGCACCUGAGGCUGCACACCGGAGAGAAACCAUUUAGCUGCCACAUCUGCGGAAAAGGCUUCAACCAGAAGGGUAACAUGGUGACACACAUGAGGAUCCACACAGCGGAGAAGCCGUUCAGGUGCACUUUGUGUCACAAAGAGUUCAGCCACACCGGCUCUCUGGAGCGACACAUGAAGGUCCACGACGGACAGACACCGUUCAGCUGCAAAGUCUGCGGCAAAAGCUUCAACAAGAGUGCUGAGCUGAGGCAACACGUACGGAGCCACGAGUCCACCGAAGCGCCCGCCGCCAGGAGCAGACGCAGGAAACCGAGUCUGACUCCUUCUCACUGCUGCAAGGUCUGCGGGAACGCCUUUCACAAUAAAGGUAACUUUGUGCGGCACGCAGAGACUCAUUUAAACGAUCCCGAAUGUCGUUGUGGCGUCUGUGGAGAGCAGUCAGAGUCCUCAGAGAGUCUGCAGAUUCACAUCCAGAGCCAUAGAGAAACCAACAGGAUGUGUGACAUCUGCGGGAUCAGCUUCAGGGACAUGGAGAUCCACAUGAGGACACACACCGGCCAGAAACCCUUCAGCUGCAAAGACUGCGGAAAAGACUUCCCCAGGAAGGGCUCUCUGGAGAGACACAUGAAGCUGCACGCCGGCGAGAGGCCGUACAUCUGCGAGUUCUGCGGGAAGACUUUCAUUGAAAACACCGUCCUGAAGAGACACAUCAAGAGCCACACGGGAGGGAAGCCCAGGAUUUACUCCUGUGACAUCUGCAGCAAAACAUUCACCAUGAGCCAGCAUCUGGACGUGCACAAGAGGAUCCACACUGGGGAAAAACCGUACACCUGCAGGGUCUGCGGGAAGAACUUCCGGCAGAUCGGCAACCUGGACUCCCACAUGAGGAUCCACACUGGCGAGAAGGCGUUCAUCUGCAGCCUCUGCGGGAAGAGGUUUCGCCAGAAGAUUUCUCUGGAGACGCACGAGAGGUUCCACAAGAAGGAGAAACCGUUCAGCUGCCAGCUGUGCAGCAAAGGCUUUGUCCAGAAGAUCGACCUGAAGAGACACAUGCUGACGCACACGGGUGAGAAACCCUACAGCUGUAGCGUCUGUGGGAAGAGCUACCAGGAGAAACGCUCGGUGGUCUCUCACAUGAAGAUCCACGCCGGAGAACGAGCCGUAAGGGUCUCCGAGGGGACGCCGAACCUGAACCGCCAGGAAGGAGUUCACACCAACUUCAUCCAGCUGUGACCUCCGUCCAGCUGCAUGUAUACACACAUACAUAUAUACUAGAUUAAAAUAUAUCUAAGUUUAAACCUCUUCAAUCAAUAUUUACUGUUUUCAAGAAUACAAUAAUUCAACACGAUGUCAUGUGACUCUGAGGACGUUUGAAUAAUUUCACAUGUAAAUAAAACAUCUGGAGAGAAGACAGUAUCAGUAUUCAAUAUGUCAAUAUGUCAAUAUAACAGCUGGUUCAUAACGUUUAUUUUGUGGUUUAUGAAUAAAGUUUUAUUCUGUCUGUUAAUGUGAAGACUUUUAAAUUGAAGCUGAGUCAGGAUUUCUUCUUUCAGUUACCCAAUAUUCAAAGUAAACAUUUAUUAUUAGAUUAUAUAUAAUU